AUGCUGAAGAAUAUCCUUCUCGCUUCACUCGCGUUGAGCGUGUCGGCCGUUCCCACAUUCCGGCAGUAUGUCGAACGCGACUACAAUACCAAUCUCAACGUCAAGCUCUCUAUCGAGAAUGGUCUCCUGGAUACUCCCACCGAUGGCCGCAUUGUGUUGAUGUUUGCUCCCGAAGGCGAAGAUCCCCUCGACGAUACAGAUGUCACUUCUUCCCCCAAUAAGAUUUUCGGAAAGAACGUAUACAACUUCGGUCCUAAACAAGCGGUAUCCUUCUCUGGUGGAAGCAACGACAGUACCGCUACCGGCGUGUAUGGCUGGCCAAAUGUCAGUCUGAGCGACAUCGACCCAGGCACCUACAGUGUGCAGGCCUUCCUCACCCGCUAUGAGACCGUCACUAGAAGCGAUGGCUCGAAGGUCAGCGUCAGAUUCCCAUGUGGCGAUGGCGCGCCAAAUGUAAACGGCUAUGGAAGCUUGAUUACAUCGGCUCAAGACGUUGAGAUCUCCGAAGGCGGCCAGACUAUCGAAUUGACUUUCAACAACAUUACAGCUGUCGAAAACUUCGCCGGCAAGGAAAUUGGCGGAUGCAACCAGGGCAACUACGAAGACACAGAUACGCUCAAACACAUCAAGAUUCGCAGUAAGAAGUUGAGCAAGUUCUGGGGCCGCGACAUGUAUGUUGGUGCCAACGUCGUACUGCCUUCUGGCUACGAUGCAGCCGACAAGAAAACACAAUACCCUGUCAUCUAUAACCAAGGUCACUGGCCGGCCGGCGAAGGUGCAUACAACUAUGGCACCGACGAGAAGUUCACAGCAGCUUGGGACGCGGGUAUCAUACCCGGAACCAACACGACCGCAGCGCGCCCGGCACCCAAGUUCAUCAUGGUGACUUUCCGCCAUGAAGCUCCAUACUACGAUGACUCGUAUGCCGUCAACACUGCCAACCUUGGUCCUUACGGUGAUGCUAUCAACGAAGAGCUGAUCCCCCAUAUCGAAGACACUUUCAACACCAUCCGCGCACCGUAUGCUCGUGUCCAGGAUGGAGGCUCGACUGGUGGUUGGGAGUCGAUCGCCAACGUCAUCUACCGCCCGGAUCUCUUCGGCGUGUGCUUCUCUUCCUACCCCGACUCUCUGGACUUCCACCGCCACCAAGAUAUCGAACUGUACAGCGCUGCUAAUGCAUACCAACGUGCAGAUGGUAGCUCUGUCCCCAGUAUCCGCACUCACACCGACGGCAAGGAGGUGAUCCUCGCUACCGCCGCGCAGGAAAACCACUGGGAACUUGCCUUCGGCACAUCAUCACGCUCAUUUAACCAGUGGGAUGUCUGGAACGCCGUCUUCGGUGUCCAGGGCUACAACAACUAUCCUCUCGAGCCAUGGGACAAAGUCACUGGCGAAAUUUACCCCGAGGCAGUUGAAUACUGGAAGCCGUUCGACCUCAGCGACUACGUCGUCACCAACUUCAACUCUUCCCGCAACCUUGGUGCUGCCUUGGCUGGACGUAUCUUUGUCUACGUAGGCACUUGGGACAACUACUUCCUCAACGAAGGUGUCAUGGAGUUCCAGAAGCGCACCGAUGCCGUUGGCGGAGCCGGCUGGGCCAAUGUCACGAUCCUGCCCGAGAAGCCCCAUGGUGGUAACUACCAAGCACGCGAGAUCUGGGAUUACCUUGAGUUGGUUGAGCGCUGGGUCUCAGACCACGCCCCUGAUGGCUCUACUCCACUUUCCCCUUCGGCUACCGCACCCUCUACCCGUGGAAAUGUAUGGGAGGAUGUCAUCAAAUACGGUGGUCGCAAAGCAGCCGUCAAGCGUCAAGCAGACCCGAAGAUCGAAGAUAAGAAGGCUAAGGUGGGCCAGGAGGUCACUGCGAGUGUUGGUCGUUGGGACCCGGGUGUUAAGCUUACCGCGCAGUGGAUCUUAAACAGCAAGCCCGCAUGCGAAGCUUUUAGUGUAAAACAAGGUGCGAGCGUGAAGUAUAUUCCAACAGCAAAGGGUCAUAUUCAGCUACAUGUCACAGGAGAGAAGCGAAACUACGCGACCGAGACGCGAAAGAGUGAGCGAGUACUCGUGGGAAGGUAA